GCGUUGUGGAAGAAAGGAUCUCAGUCGGGACCCUGCAUUAAAAGGCGAUAAACAAGCAUCAAUGUAUGUAUUACAGAAACGAAAAAAAAAAAAUGCGACCACGCCGACUAAGCUCAUAGGAUUUUAGAGCUGGGAUUGUUUCAAUGCGCCGCGCCGUUGUGCGCUCUGGAGCAACGCAGCGCGUCAAAGAAUUCCGAUUUCUCGGCGACUUGUUUACACAGGAGCCAACCAAAGCCACGUUUUAAGCAAGCUUGGUUGGGACAGUACAGUACAUGACCGUUUAGCAUUUGAGUUACUGCCCAUGCAAACAGUGGACAACAGUGCAGGGAAGCAAGCUACAAAUACAUCAGUAUAAAUGAAUUUUCUUGAAAUCCUAGAAAGCAAACUGUCCAUCGGUGAGAUUUUGAUAACAUGAAGUGUUGCUGCUGAUCGACACGGCGAGCACGUGCAGUAGCUAAUCGCUUCGUUGUAUGAACUUUCACCGUGGAUCUGGACAUGAAAACUGUUGCAAAUUAAACACAACGACGUCUGACCUUGGUUGCAAAUGGUACAGAUCGGCUCGGCAUCAUUUUUGAAAGUAGUCUUUAGUCCCACAUCGCUGUCACCGAGUUUGGCCGAAAGUCUGACGGGGCGACAUGGAGAGCAAGGAGGAGAGGGAGAACAGCCCUCUGAAGUCCGACAGGAGGUUUGCCCUGACUUACAUCGGCUGGUCGUCGCUCGACAGGCGGACCACCCUGCCCAUGCUUCCGUGGCUGGUGGCUGAGAUCCGCAGGAAAAGUGAGAAAGGCGACUGCGGCCCCGUGGUGCAGCCGAGAGAAGUUCAGCUGGUCCUCAACCCCCCCUUCGUCCGAUGUGUCCCCUCCAACAGCAACAACUCUUCAGUCUUUAUAUUCGAGCACAAAGCACAGCUCAUCUCUCGCUUCAUACACAACAGCAAUGACCUCACCUAUUUUGCCUAUCUGCUGCGGGGCCAGCCUGACAACCCUGAGUCCGAGAUGUCAUGUCACGUCUUUAAGGCCUCCGACCCCAACCAGGUCCCUGAGGUGAUCAGCAGUAUUCGCCAAGUGUCCAAAUCAGCCCUAAAGGAAGAUGCUAAGCCAAAACAGGAAGCUGACGAGGCCUUCUACAACUCCCAGAAGUUUGAAGUGCUUUACUGUGGCAAGGUGACAGUUUUGCAAAAAAAGGCUCCAGUCACCCUCAUUGAUGACUGCAUCGAUAAGUUCCGUCUGCAUGAGGGUGAGCGCAAGCGCCUGCGGCUGCUCAGCGGUCGGCAAGGGUCCACAGAGAGUACCCCUGUGGAGCUGUUAAUAGGGGAAGAAGGAGACCCUCUCUCCUCUGUUCUGAAUGAGAGUAUAGAAGACCCCGGAGGCCCUGGAGUGGAGGACAUGUCGGGAGUUGGAGGUAAGAGUCUCAAGCAGAUUGACGAUUAGGAAUAGCUGUUUUUUCAAAAUAAUGUGU